UAUCUAAAUACUUAAAAGAGGCCCAAAAAAAUAAACAAAGACGUUAAGAAGAAAAAUCGUGGACUCUAUUCGAAUCGAUCCGAUCCUCACCGGAGAAGAUCCGAGGGUUAGGGUUUUGGAGGGAGAGAAAAUGGGGAGGGGGAAGGUGCAGCUGAAGCGAAUCGAGGACAAGAUCAGCCGGCAAGUGACGUUCUCGAAGCGGAAGGGCGGGUUGAUGAAGAAGGCUAACGAGCUCGCUGUGCUCUGCGACGUGGAGGUGGCGCUCCUGAUCUUCUCCGACCGAGGAAGGCUCUACGAGUUCUGUAGUACAGAGAGUCUAGAAGAAAUUCUUGAGCGUUACAGGAUACAUGCAGAAGAAGAAGCUGCUGUUCGUAAGAGAGCUGAACAAGAAAAGCAUGGCGUAGUGGAUGACAAAGACAAACAAUCACAAGAAUUACAACUCUUCCCAAAACUGAGAUCAAAUCAUGGAAUUGAGAUGAAUCUUGCUGAGUGUACUGAUCUUCAGACAAGUGGUAACCCACUGCAAAUGAUUCAAAGCCACCUUGACACACAAAACAUUGACCAGAAAAGCAUGACAGAACUCACACAACUAGAGAAAGAAAUGGAUGCCAUAUUAAGACAAAUCAGAUUGAGAAAGACACAGCUAAUGAUGGAAGCUGUAAAAGCAGUGCAUGAAGAGAUUUGCUUCAAUGGACCAGCUAAUGCACUUUUGGCAAGCACCACACAAAGCAUUGAACAGAAAAACAUGACACAGCUCUCACAACUAGAGAGAGAACUGGAUGUCAUAUUAAGACAAAUCAUAUUCAGAAAGGAACUAUGUUCAAGAUCAUUUUUUUGCCUCAUUCUGUGGUUUUAUAGGUUAGAUUAUGUCUUGGGUUUUUGUAAUCAGUUACGUGUCUGUAAUGGGUCUGUCACUGAAUAGCCAAAAUGGAGAGUUUGUUAAGUUUUUAGUUGGUUUAUUCGGUGUCCAAAAUAUGUCUUUUGCUUUUUAGGGCAUUUGUAGUUUUUAUUUUUCCAAGAAGACGAUGUCUAGAUAUGGAAGAUACAUGUACAGACAUGGAAGAGACAGGAAGUUGUGUUUUUCUAAUGUCCGGACAUU